GGCUGAUAACUGAACUGCGCAGUACAUUUAAGCUGUGUGUUGCUUUUUGUAUGGUGUGGUGUCUGAGAAGCCACCUGAAGUUGUUGGAUCAAAACCAAGGGGUAUCCAGACAUUACAGUGGACAGGUACAGGACUGGACAAUACAAACAAUUAUCAAUAAUAAAGUAUCAAUACAAAAUACACAUCAAAAUGGCUGAUGACUGGGACAGACCUUCAAGCUCAAUGAAUGGAGGCCCAGUGUCAUUUGGAAGAGGAAGAGGCCGUGGAUCUAUAGUAAAGGCUUUUUCAUCCAAUGCACCAGCAACAAAUGGCUUUGAUUCACCACCGAGAAACGGGUUUGGAAACAAGGCUAAAGGUCGUGGGGGUGGAUUUGACGACAGUGGCUGGAAUGAAGAUGAUACAAGUGGUGGGGGAUUUGGAUCAAGUGGUCGAGGAUUCGGAUCAAGUGGUGGAGGAUUCGGAUCUAGCAGUGGAGGAGGGUUUGGUUCAAGCAAUGGUGGCGGAGGAUUUGGCUCAAAAAGUGGCGGAGGUGGAUUUGGUUCAAGCAAUGAUGGAGGCUUUGGUAGUGGUGGUUUUGGCUCAAAUAAAGGAAGUCGUGUUGGAGGUAGAUCUUGUUACAAGUGUGGAGAGGACGGCCACAUAUCAAGAGAUUGCCCCAGUGCCGGAGGAGGUGGUGGGGGCGGUGGCAGAGGCUGCCAUAAAUGUGGUGAAGAAGGGCAUUUUGCUCGAGAGUGUCCCAGUGGAGGCGGCGGAGGUGGUGGCAGAGCUUGCCACAAAUGUGGGGAAGAGGGACAUUUUGCCCGAGAGUGCCCCAGUGGAGGAGGAGGGGGUGGAGGUGGCGGUAGAGCCUGCCACAAAUGUGGGGAAGAAGGGCAUUUUGCCCGAGAGUGCCCCAGUGGUGGAGGAGGUGGUGGUGGUCGUGGCUGUUUUAAAUGUGGUAAAGAUGGACACCAAGCUAGAGACUGCACUGAAGAAGGUUCUAGUGGUGGGAGAUCAGGUGGAUUUCGAGGUGGCUUUGGUAAUUCUUCUGGUGGUGACGGAAAGAGUGAUACUGCCUGCAGAAAGUGUGGGGAAGAAGGACAUUUUGCAAGAGAGUGCCCCAAUCAAUCUGCAGGGGGUGAAGAUCGACCAGCAGCUUCAACAUAUGUGCCCCCACCACCACCAGAGGGAGAGCAAGAGAUUUUUGAGACAAUGCAGAAAGGCAUAAAUUUUAACAAGUAUGAUGACAUACCUGUUGAAAUUUCUGGUAAUGACAAGAUUCGACAUUGUGACUCGUUUGAUGAAUGUAAUCUGAAUGAAACUGUAAGGAAUAAUGUAAUGAAAGCAAAAUACGAGAAACCUACACCAGUACAAAAGCAUGGUAUACCAAUCAUCGCGGCAGGGCGUGAUUUAAUGGCGUGUGCUCAAACAGGAUCAGGCAAAACGGCAGCGUUUUUGCUGCCUAUCAUUUCAGGAAUAUUACGGGAUGGCGUACAAUCCGGUUCCUUGAGCUUUGUACAGACACCACAAUGCAUAAUUGUAUCGCCAACUCGUGAACUUGCAAUCCAAAUAUUCAACGAAGCAAGAAAAUUUUCGCACAAUACUAUAUUACGACCGGUGGUGAUUUACGGAGGCACCAGUGUGCAAUAUCAAACUAACGACGUAGGGAAAGGAUGUCACAUAUUGGUUGGUACACCCGGCCGUCUUCAGGAUUUUAUUGACAGGCAGAAGAUCAGUGUGGAAAAGUGUAAUUACCUGGUGUUGGAUGAAGCCGACAGAAUGUUGGACAUGGGUUUCGGACCAGCAAUGGAACGAUUAGUUAACAAUCCAAAUAUGCCAAAGAAAGGGGAUCGACAGACAUUAAUGUUCAGCGCAACGUUUCCCGAUGAGGUUCAAAAGCGCGCGUCAGAAUACCUGAACAAUUACUUGUUUCUGACCAUCGGCCGUAUAGGAGGCGCAACACCUGACGUGGAACAGAAAGUUAUAGAAGUUGAUCAGUUUCAAAAGAAAGAUAAACUCAUAGAAAUACUACAUGAUUCCCCGGAGGACGACAGGACACUGGUUUUUGUAGAAACAAAACGCUCUGCAGAUUUUCUGGCUUCUCUACUGAGCCAGAGUGGCUUUCCAACUACAAGCAUUCAUGGUGAUCGCAUGCAAAAAGAAAGAGAGGAAGCACUGAGGGACUUCAAGACGGGCAGAGCUCCAGUAAUGGUUGCAACGUCCGUCGCAGCACGUGGUCUUGAUAUACCGAAAGUCAAGCAUGUUAUUAACUAUGACCUCCCUGAAGAUAUUUCCGAAUACGUGCACAGGAUCGGUCGAACUGGCCGAGUUGGAAACCUAGGAAAGGCGACUAGCUUUUUUGAUUCCUCAAAGAACGGAAAUGUUGCAAGAGCGCUUAUAAAGACAUUGGCUGAUGCUCAGCAAGAAGUGCCAGAUUUCUUGGAAGGAGUUGCAGAUUCCGCUGUCGGCACAUACCAUGGUAGUUCAGGUGGAACCUUUGGUGGCAGAGACACGAGGAAGAGAAACAACUUCAGUGGUGGUGGCGGAGAUGGUGGUAACUGGAAUUCUGAGGAUGCAGGUGGAGUUACAUGUACACAAGCAGAUGAUGAUGAAAGUUGGGACUGAUGAAACUUUGACCGAUGAAACUUAUUUUUUCAGCAUUUCAGAGCCAUUCUUUAGUCGGAAAAGAAUAAUAAAUAACAAACAAUUGCCAUUAUGAAGAAAAAAUGGCAGUACGAUUUAGUUUAUAGUUGUUGUUGCUUUAAAUUCUGUAUAUUGCUAUAUACUACAUGAUAUAAUCGAGUGGAGAGAAGGGAUGAGGUGUGUAAUCAAGUUCAACACUAGUUCUGCACAUACGUUGAUCUGGAUUGUCAGCAUUAAAAAAAGUUGUUGGUGUACAAAUAAUGAAUGUUUAUGAGGCAAUGGGAAGAAUAUUUUCAUGAGUUGAACGAUUGAUUGACUGAGUUGAUUGUUCAUCUUUCGAUGAGUAAAGACAUUCUUUCCAUUGCGUUCCUAAAAAACAUUAAUUGUUUUAUAACACACCUAAAAUAGAUUCUUGUCAUUUGAUAUUUUAUGAAAAAAAAAUCUUCCUUUUUUUCCGAAUGGAAAAUUCCUGCAUCUUUUUAACCAAUGAAAAGAUUGUACAAGGUUGAAAUCAUCGUAUUAUAGGCACCAUGCAAUGAAGCGAAAUGGAUGGAACGAUAAUGCAGAUGGAAGUAAAAAUGCAUGGUGGAACUAAAUUUCCAUGAAGCGUGAUGACAUGGUGUAUAUAAACAUCACAUGUUAUGAAAUCCCUCAAUCAAAUGACAAGGAUCUAUUAAGGUGUGUUAUAAUAGUUAUUAAUGGCAGAGUUAGGGAGAAAGUAAAGGAAAUGUGAACAAGUAUAUUAACUUCGUCCACUUAAUAUGAUAUUGCUUAUGUAUAAUAUAUUUCUAUAUUAAAAUAAAAGUUGCCUUUCAAAGAUCAUGUUAUUUGCUUGUCAUAGCAUUCACUGUCUGCACAACUAUGUCUGCACGACAGUUUUAUUAGCGAACUUAUUGUUGCAUGGUCAUGUGACCACUGUGGGUGAGGCAAUCACGUGAAAAGUCUGUAAAAGGUAACUUAACACAGUCAACAAAGUACCAGUAUCCAUGCUGGUGUAUCUGUAAUAUUUAGAAAUUUGCAAUUAAAAUAAAAUAAACAUCCUGGCAUACAGGUUUAUACCUAUCAGAUCCAACAUUCAGUGUUUGAUCAGAUGUUCUAUACUAUAGUAAUGUAUGCUUAUUUCAGACAUGAAACAAAUCAUAUAGUUCUAUGUCUGUUUAAAGUCUGAUAAUAUUCACCAAAGAAAAAUCUGUUCAAACAUUGUUGAGUCUGCAAUCUGUAUGCCUAAGAAAGUGUAUAAUACAUGUACUAUAAAUGCUAAGACAAACAUUAUUUAUUAUUUAUUUAUUUUUUUUUACAAAGUAAAAAAUUUCUGUUAAUUUUGAUUAUUAGUUUUCAGUGUUUCUAGUUUUUGUUAGCAAAUUGCAUGGAUUGUAAUCUUCAUAUAUCAAUUUUAUUUUAUAUUGAAAUAUUUGUGUAGGUAAAUACCAUUAGUGUUCAAAGGGAUUAAAACCUACUAUUGUUAUUGCACUUUAAAAUUAAAUUAGACGUUUUGUUACUGAUGAUUUAAAACUUUAAAGCAUGUUGAAUUAAAUUUGUUAAUCAAAA